GUUGUCAGAUGUUGAUAUAUCCAGCGGCAUUCAAUAUGACCACUGGUCCUCUGCAUUGUCGUUACUACAGCGUGCCAGAGCGAAUGACAAUCAAUUAUACGUAGCCUGCGUAUCGCCGGCACGUGGUUCACCGCCAGGAUACAUCGCUUGGGGCCAUACUCAGUUAACUAGCCCUUGGGGAGAAAUCCUUCACGAGUUGGAUGCCGACGAGGCUAUGGUGGUCUCUGACAUAGAUCUGAAAGUCGUGGACGAGGUCAGAGCGCAAAUCCCGACGUUCAGUCAACGACGUACAGAUCUGUACGACACCAUUUGGAAAGGAGAAGAUUAGGAAGACGUUGUGACGUAUGACGAUACGUUUUUACGCGCCAUUAAGCAAUUUUGCACGACAAGCUGUAACGGCGGGCAAUCUAAAUUUUAUACUCGGAUACAUCUUGUUGAUAAAAUUCUCGUAUCGAGGUCACACAUGGCACUAGAAGAGAGAAACACGCGACAUGCAGUACACGUGUAUGUUUCAGAUAAGUAUAAUAAUCACUUUCUGUGUGAAUUUUAUAUUCUAUCUGCACACGAGUGAUUUUGUUAUUGAACACCCUGUAUAUACGCGGAAUAUUAAGUUUAUAAGCAUUUUGAAAUAUACAUUUUUUUGUGCAACUA